CAUCUUCCCCAGGCUCCUGCACCCUCCGGGCGUUCAUCCAUCCCAAGGGAGAGAUGCCUCAGGAACAGUACCCGCACCGGAGCACCAUGCAGACCUCGGAAGGACCCCAGGUAUACAAAGUGGGGAUUUAUGGCUGGAGGAAGAGGUGCCUCUAUUUCUUUGUGCUGCUCCUAAUGAUUUUAAUCCUGGUGAACCUUGCUAUGACCAUCUGGAUUCUGAAGGUUAUGAACUUCACAAUUGAUGGAAUGGGGAACCUGAGGAUCACAGAAAAGGGUCUGAAGCUUGAAGGAGAUUCAGAAUUCUUGAAACCUCUCUACGCCAAAGAAAUCCGAUCAAGACCAGGCAACCCACUGUACUUCCAGUCCGCCAGGAACGUGACCGUGAACAUCCUCAACGAGAAGACAAAAGUCCUCACUCGCCUUGUAACAGGUCCCCAAGCAGUGGAAGCACACAGCCAAAAAUUUGAGGUGAAAACCCUCUCUGGAAAAUUGCUGUUUUCUGCAGAUGACAACGAAGUGGUGGUGGGAGCAGAGAGAUUGAGAGUUCUAGGAGCAGAAGGCACAGUGUUCCCUAAAUCUAUAGAAACUCCCAAUGUCAGGGCAGACCCCUUCAAGGAACUAAGGCUGGAGUCGCCCACGCGCGCGCUGGUGAUGGAGGCUCCCAAGGGCAUCGAGAUCAACGCCGAGGCCGGCAGCCUGAAGGCCACGUGCAGGACAGAGCUCAGGCUGGAAUCCAAAGAUGGAGAGAUAACGUUGAAUUCUGCAAAAAUCAAACUACCUAACUUGCCUCAAGGAUCUUCCUCUUCUGCAGGGUCCAGGCAAAAAAUCUACGAGCUCUGUGUGUGUCCCAAUGGGAGGCUGUUCCUGUCCCAGGCAGGCAGCAGCUCCACCUGCCAGAUAAACACGAGCGUCUGCCUUUGAGAGACAAUUUGCAGAGGGGGCAUCACAGGCAGCACAAAAGCCAGUUCUGGUCUCACAGAUCCAGCUGCCAACUAUUUUUACUAGAACACAGAAAGCCUAUCAAAGACUUUUUUUGUGUGUGCGCGCGCGUGUGUGUGAAUAUAUAUAUAAAAAAAAUAUAUAUAAGAUAUAUAUAUAUAUCCUCUGUGUAAAACGAUGUUUCAGUACAAGGAAUCCCAGGGUGACCCUGUUACAUUUGUGUAGCAUUUCUCUUUCCCACAACAAAAUUUACUGGUACAAUCUGCUGAAUUGGAUCUGAUGCUCCCCUGGACCCUUCUGUAUUAAGACAGUGCAAUGAUCACCCCUCGUUUUUGAUCAUGUUCUCAGAGCAAUGGGAUUGCUGGCUGGGCAAGACCCUGGAACCAAUGCAGACCCACCACCAUCCAAAGGGAAGAGAAGCAUCUCUGAUUAUUUUCGUGCCAUUAAAUCCAUGGCAUGAAAAAAGAAAUCAUUUCAAAAACAAUAAAACAGCCAGAUGUGCUGUGCUGAUCACCUCCAGUGAUCCAAGAUACCUGAGGUUCAAUUACUCUUUAAUUACCACCUGAAGCAUGGCUCCCUGUUGGGAGAGAUGGAUGCACUUGGGCAGUAGGAAAGUCCAGACCUUGCUGAAAUAAGAAAUGUGAUUUUCUGAAGGGGUUCAACACUGGCCUGUGCAUGGCCAAGGAUGCCUGGUGCUAUUCAGGUGUGACACAUCAGGUCCAACAUUAACCUAAAAUCAUCUCUGUGCUGGCAGAACUGGUGUUGUACUUAGUUAAUGGAAGGAACAAAAUUGUGAAAGUUUGACUAAGUAGAAAAAUUCUGAACCUCUUUUGUUAACAGGUGUCCUGGAUCACCCUACAAACUUUCCAUUAACACCUUCAAUUUUGAACAUAUUUGGUGUGAAGGUGUGAAGAUUUAAGAUUUGGACAUUGCCUAAAUACCUGUAGAAACAGAAAAAAUCAACUAGAAACAGAGAAAAUCAUAAAAUUAAGUGUAUAAUGUGGCUGCUACACCAGAACUUUUGUCAUCUUUCUUUUCAAGAUCCAAGGUCACUUAGAUUUGGUGGAAACUGCAAAUAUCAGAGAUGCUGACAAUGAAAGACUUUUUUUAAGGAUUUAUAAAGAUUGUGACAAAGAUUACUGAAAGGAAGGGCUUUGGAUGCUGGUUCCUUUAGAAUUUGAGUCCCCAAAACUCUGUGGUUGGAUCUUACCGCGGUUGCAUUUUUUCCUUAUUUUAAAGUCUAGGAGUCACGGGCAGGAUAAACCACAAAAAUCUGAUCUGAUAACAUCACUUCCACUUUUGAAGUUUUGGAAAAUAAUGAUAAGAGCCCAAAUAAUUGAAAUCUGACCCAUAAUUUCAUCCACAUGCAUGUAAAAAUCCUUAAAAAAAACCCCAAAUACACCAAAAGUUUCCAAGUCACAGUAAAUCUCACGAGGACAGCAAGGUUUCUAAGCCACUGAGAUGCUUUUGAAAUAUUACCUCAUGUGCAAAUAAGACAGAUCAGUGCCCAUCCCUAGUGAUAUCUAACCAAAGCUGGUAUUCUUCAAGCGAUCUUCAAGAUAAAACAUAGCUGACAGAAAUCUUGAAAAAUAAUUUAGCCCAUUCCUUUUUUUUACAGCUUUUCACAUAUUUUCUUGUGGUCUCGAGAGUACCAGGGUUUGAUUUUUUUUUUUUAAUUUUUUAUUUUUUAAUUAACAAUUCUGGCUUAAUCCAAAACUGAUUGGACUCAGAGAAGAUUUUUAUGGAGUUUAGAUUAGGUGUGUUGCUGCCUAACAAAGCAGCACUCCCAAAAACCUUUAUUCCUGAAUUAUUUCCUUUUAUUUCAAUAAUGCUUUCUGAUAAAUUAACGAAUUCAAACUAUUUGUUAAUGAAUGAUUCCUGUAAUUUUUAUGUCUUGAGUCAACGUUUGAAUGCAAAGGGUCACCCAGGGUAACAAUUGUAUUGGGACACAGGACUGUACCAUCUCUGUUCAAAGAGGGGAAUUGUGCCUAUGCCUUAAGUCAAUGCACUCAGCAAGGAGAAGCACAUCAUAUUUAUCUUGUUAUUAAAUCUAGUUUAUUUGGGGGGAGGGGCAGGAGGGUGUCUUGGGAACUGGUUGUACAAUUUAAAACAAAUAUUGAUGAAAUACAUUAAGACUGUAGGGGCACCUAGAAUGAUACAGACUUUUUUUUUUUUUCUUACCAUGUUAAAUAUAGCAAAAUACUGUGUAUGUUACCUCUGGGACCAUGGCUGAAGUCCCAUUCAUAGUACUUCAUUUACUGUAGAUUUUUUUUCCCUGUUUCAUUGAAUACUGAUCACACACCUCAUAGCAAGCGUGGCCCAAUCCAUAACCAAAUCCUGUGUGAGCAGUUUGAAGACACAUGCUGCAGGAAGAGUUCCCUGUCAAUGGAUCAGAUGAACUUUCCAGGCUGGGAGUAUUCAGGUGGGUGAGGAAGGCAGGGCUGAGCACAGGGACUGGCCCAUCAGGGCUGCUGCAUCCUGAUUUCUGUGCUCUGCUCCAGACACAGCAGUGGCUCAGUCCUCAUCCCUGUGCCACCCUCUGGCUGCUCCCAAUUUCCAUCCCAACAAAUGAAUUUUGAGUAGCUGCUUUUCCCAGCUGGGCUCUUGGAUGAGGUUAUCACCACCUCCUGUCACAACAGCCAUGAAACUGCUAAGGACAUUCAUAUCUUGAUGUGAGUUUCUGCUGGGGAGCUGUUAGGAAAUGACCUUAACAUCUGUGCCAUCACUGCAGAUGCUUCUCUGAGGUGAACAAAGGGUACCUUAAUUAUGUCUACUGAAAGAAAUUCUUGCUUCAAUAUAUUUUACAACCAUGUUUCCAUCCUAAAAAACAUAAAAUUAUGUGUUGUGUUGAAAUGUGAGGAAUUGUUUCUAGGAAGAAUGAACCCCUGUGGGGACUUGUAGAUCAUUUGAACACCACUUGAGUUUUAAGACAGUGGUUUGGGUGAUGCUGCCUGUGCUGGUCAGCAAGUGGCAAACAUAAACAAGGCUGGGCAGAGAAUGGGUCAGGAAUAUUCCUGAGGAGAAGGACUUGGGUUGUUGGUUGAGGAGAGGCUCAACAUGACCUGAAGUGCACUCACAGCCCAGAAAGCCAAUCCUGUCCUGGGCUGCAUCAAAAGCAGUCAAGGGAAGGGAUUCUGAGCUCUUGUGACACCCCACCUGCAGUGCUGUGUCCAGCUCUGGGGGUCCCAGCAUCAGAAGGAUGGGGACACAUUGGGUGAGUCCAGAGGAGACCACAAAGAUGCUCUGAGGGCUGGAGCCCCUCUGGGACUGCUGGGGCUGUUCACCUGGAGAAGAAAAGCCUCCAGAGAGACUCAGAGCCCCAUCCAGUGCCUAAAGGGGCUCCAAGAGAGCUGGAGAGGGACUUUUUACUGGCAGGGAGUAACAGGGCAUGGAAGAAUGGCUUCAAACUAACAGCAAGCAGGGUUAGGUUAAAUAUUAGGAAGAAACUCUUUGCUGUGAGGGUGGUAAAGCCCUGGCACAGGUUGCCCAGGGAAACUGUGGAUGCCCCAUCCUUGGUAGUGUUGGACAGGGCUUGAAGUAGCCUGGGAUAGUGGAAGGUGUCCCUGCCCAUGGUAGGGGGCUGGAACUGGAUGAUCUUUAAGGUUCCUUCCAACCCAAACCAUUCUAGGAUUCUAUGAAAGCAAACAGGACUGUGUCUCAGAUCCCAUAGGAAAAAACAGGCAUUUUGUUUGAAAAGCUGCCUGCUAACACAUCUGGCCAUCUCACACUCCACUUGUUGUGGAGUGGCUGACUCUCCUGUUGGACACGUGCAUGAGAGUCCCUUCUCCUCCUGCCUUGCCCAGAGAUCCCUCACAGUAGCUGUACCUGUGUGGGCUGCUUUUCCCUGAAUCCAUUUAAACCAGAGCUUCCCUGACCAGAAUUUAAUCCAUGUGCUCUACCUACCACUGAUAAAAUGCCAGAGACAACAAGGGUUUGUGUACUUCGUUGUGAAUUGGGCCUGAAGUUUAGUUCAGCAGAGCAUUUGCUGUGUGGGAGGUGGGGUUGAUCUCAAAAUGGAGUUUAGUUUGUGUCUGCUGAGCUCAGUGGAAGAGAUGGUGAUGACUUCAUGGCCUGAGCUGGGAGCUGGGCAGGUGACAGCUGAGGGCAGUGGGAGCACUGCCAGCCCUUGGGGUGGCUGUGGGGCUGAACCAGACCCUGCAUUGCAGCUGUGAGCACUAAAACCCCACCCAAAUGUUAAUCAAGGGACUGUGCCACCAGUGUCAGUGUAGCUGGGGCAGCCAUGCAGGAUUCAUAAAUGCAUUUAUGUGCUGGCUCUUUAUAGGACUGCAGGACCUUGUCCAGUUUGCUGUAAAUGUGACACUUUAGGAAAGGGUCAGGAGAAUGACAGUCAGUGCUCACCUGUGACUGGAACCUUAUCCAUAUGUAGUGUGUGACCCUUCUGUCGUAGCUGAGGUAGGAUGGUUCUUCUAAAGCAAAAAGACUUUGCCAUUAGCAAAAGCAGAGGUCCUGAUAAUGGCUGUACAUCUGUACCCAUUCUCCAAGUUUCUUUGUGGGGUUUUUUGGCUGUUGGUUUGUUUGGGUUUUUUAUUCAUUUUGAAGUGCAUUACCCCACAGUCAGUGAAAUGGGCAGUUAAAGAAUACAAAGAAAUGUUAACAGUAAAGGACUCAGAAGGGGAAGCCAGUAACCACUGCAAUAGGUAUAAAGCCUCUCCUAAGUAUUCCUUUUUAGAAGUAUGAGUAUGUGCAAGAUUUGUAUUUGGUUACCUCAGUCAUGUGCUGUCUAACAGCUGUGUUUUGGAAGGGUUGCGGGGUUUUUUCUCCUCUUAUGAUAAACACCACAUUGCACAAACAGAAAGUUUGAAGGCAUAAGCCUAAAAAUACAAACUGCAGUACAUGGUUUAGAAAAAUGAUGGCUAAAUAAAAACCCCUCUCUAGAAACUGCUCCAAGGUUAAAGGGAGAUUCCUGUGGAACUUGAGAAGGCUAGCUCACAUCACAACCUAGUGAAAAUUCAUUUUGUUGUCAUAAGAUGCUCACCCGUGCACACAAAUACACACACACUCUCAUAUACACUUGUUUACAACAAAAGCCAAUUUUCUUUGUGUUUGUUCUUAUGGCUUUAAGUUUCACAUUGCAAAAGAGAGUGAGACAAAGACCAAAGACUUCAAGAAGUUCAUCCCUCUCUGGUUGCCAUCAUGCCUGAAAUGCAUUAACUUUAAUGGUGCUUUUUCUGAACUGGGCAGGAAAAAUGCAGGUGUAUCAUAAAGCUGCAUUUGAGAGAAUAAAGUGGCAGGAAGGCUCUAACUUGGUUAACGGGGAGAGGAGGAAAUAAUGUGAAAAAUCUUGAAAUCUGUGCAAAGGGCAAGGUUACCUGAAAUCCAAAAUGUGCCAGCCCAGAAAGCUUGAAGACAUCAUCCUGGGCUGGAAGUAUAAAUAAACUGAGUAAAUGGUGCCAGCUGUUCACUUGAGCAUUAGCAGGGCAGGAGCUCCAGUGGCUGCUUUGUGGAGAAGAGUAACUGCUGCAAUGAUUUCAUUUUAGAAGUACCUACAGUAAAAAAAAAAAAAAAAAAAAAAAAAGAAAAGAAAAAAAGUUAGAGGCUGUGCUCCUUUUUAUGGCUGACAUUUUAAAUUUUGAAAUGUCAUCAUCCAGAAUUCACCCCAGCAAGCACAGGGCGUGUUCCUGCCAAGCUUUGCCAAGCGCUGCUUUGGUGCUUUUUGAAUGUGAAAAUACCAGCCUUUUUAUUGCCCUGGCUGUUCAGGAGCAUGAUCCUGGCAACUGUUCCCUUUUCUCCAUUUUAACCUUUUCUUCCUCUGCUCUGAAAUUGCUGUACAAUGUUUUGGUAGCUGGCAUCCUGGUCUCAAAUCCAGCAGUCCCCAAAACCUGCGUGUAGCAGUGGCAUGACCAUGAAACUGGGGACUUCCAGGUAAAUUCCUCCUGGCAGUUGCUGUGCAUUCACAGCUGAUGUAGGCAUGUUUAUGGCUGUGAGUGGAGCAGAGUUAAACACUGACAUGGUGCUGAGGUUAUUCAAGCAAGAGUGGAGUGAAUUAAACAAGGCAGGUAGGAGGGAAGGGGAAGAAAUGGGGAGAGACAUCACCCUAAUCGCAGUAAUGCAGUCAACGUCUCUGUCCCUUUGCACUAUUAUAUUUUAAAUUAAUAACAUCCAUUUUACUAAAUAUGGUGGCAAUUAUGCUUGAUCUUUUCAUGGAGCUCAGUGGAAUUACUGUCACUGAAACCACUCAGAGCUCGGGCUGUUCAAGAUUGCUGGGGUGUUGUUUCCAUCCACAAUAACCACAGUGGCCUGGGGCUUGGAUGGAAAUUAUAGUGAAUGGCUUGUAUUUAGAAAGCUUUUAAGUCUGCUUUGGUUGAGAGGCCCCUGGUUAUGCACAUCCAGCCCUGAGGCUUUAUCAUUUCAGACUCUCUUGUCCUGCCACUUGAAUUGUAUUGUGCCCUUGUGAAAAGCGACACACGGUAUAAAGAACGCAGGAAAAGAUGGAUAUUUAAAGCUGCAGGAUUUUUAUCUGAAACGAAGAAGGAAAUACAAUCAGAGUGCCCCACUGAGAUUUCCCAUCCAAAUCACUUUAAACUAGAGGUGCAAGUCCCUUAAAAAUUAAUUUGCUACAAGUGUCAUUCCUGCAGCAAAGUUAGCACUGGUGUCUCUCCCAGGAAAUGUCUCACCUUCUUGCAGCUGGAAGCCCUGUGGUGGCUGGGAUUUUGUACCACCACUCAGGAGUGAUGGGCUGCCUGUUCAGAGGAAGUCAGGUUUCCUUUGAGGCAGCUGAUCUCCAUGGAUUGAGCUUUUGUUAGCUUUUAACAGGGAUUAAAGAAUAGGAGGGGUAGGUCCACUGUAAAAUUAUAUGUAAUUGUAUGUUUGCGUCAUUUAGUUGGUUGAAACUUUCCACCAGGAAGAUAAAAUACCAGGGGCGAUUUCUGUGAAAAUGUUACAUUUACACUGUGCCACCAAACGCUUCAGAUAAAAACAUGCAGCUUUAGCUAAGCAGUCUUCUCUUCUGAGAUUAAAAAGGACUCUUUGGAGCCUCUCAUCAGGUCCUACCCGAAUGGAAAGUUUGACCAUUUCUAGCAUAUUUGUCGUUAGAGGAACAGGCCCAUUGCAAAGCACAAGUCAUGUGCAUCUUUGCAUGUAACAGGAAUUUUAAAUUGCAUUGUACUCUUACAUUUUUUCCCCAUUCAAAGGCUUAACCACUGAUAGGAGAUAGAGCCCUCUGAAACCUUUACUGCUAAAUGCAUUAUCUCUUUCUAAAGCAAUGUAUGUCCUUUGGUCUUUUAAAAAUUUCCUCAUAAUGGAGUCCUUGAAACAUCUUGAGGCAGGCUCACGCUGGAGAGCAAGAGAGCAAUUAUUUGUGGGUGGUGCUAUUUUUGCUGAGGCUUGGAUUGUAGCUGAAAAAAAUGUUGCUGUUAGAGCUUCUCCCACACUCCCUUAGCUGCAAAGCCCUCCAGCUGGAUCUCUUCAGGGUGGCUGCCUUAGAGCAGGGGGUGACCUCCCACACCAAACCACAGCCUGAUGAUUUUGUCUUUGGCUGGGUCCUCCUCUGGCCCUGUGCACUCUGUCACAGAUAAUGAGACACUUUGGCAGCCUUAGUGGUUCUGCAGAUGGUACAAGAUGAUGUGUACCUGCAGCCUGAGUGGGAUAAAUGAUGCUGCUCGUUGUUGGGUGCUGUUCUCACAAGCCUUCGGCCACCUUGAGAGCAGGAACUCCUGAGGGCAGGCACUGCUGGAGGAAUUCCCUUUCUUGUCCCUUUUUGUGGGUUAUCAGAGCGAGUAUGGAAGAUGAACAAAUCCUGCAGAGUAAGAGUGUGCCAGAAACCUCAGAAAGGGCAGAUCUGAGCGAGCAGUGUCCACUGUGUUUGUCAGAGAAGGGCUAAGUGGACAGCAUUCACACCUGGAUUCCUCCCUAGGCCAGAGUUUUCCCUGAGCUGUGACCCAGACCUUGGUCUGGAUCUGCCCUGUGUGGUAGUCUGGGAGCAGGGAAUGGACUGAGCUGCUGGGUCUGGAUUUUGCUUGUGGCUUUGUUUAUUUUUUCCCACCCCGUAUUUGAAUUAGUUUCCCUGCGAGCAAAUGCCAAUAGAGUUGUCAAUAUUCACCAAAAAAAAGCUCCGUAUAUGGUAGAGCCAACAGCAAAACAUUCAGUGAGAGUCAAAGGAAACCUUGUUCAUCUACAGCAGCAGCAUACAAGGCAUGACUCCUAUGCUGCAGCAGUUUUCAUCUGUGAUGGGAAAACACCUUGUCUGACCUCUACUCUGAAAACCACCAAUGACCUUGAUCAUGUAAACAGGACAAAAUGAAUUUAAAGUCUGAUCACAGUUCUCAUGAUGAAAUUCAGAUUUGUUUGGCUUUUUUUUCUUUUUAAUUUAUGUAUGUGUGUGGUUGUGUGGGAAAAUAUAAAGCUUUUUUGUAUCAAAUAACAUCAAUCCUUGCACACUCUAUGCAAAAUUUUGUAAGCAUUGCAAUAAUGCUAUGAAUUACACAAGGAACUAUUUUAACUUUAUUACACUUUCUGUAUAAAAAAAAAGUUUGUAUUUAAAUGAUUUCAACUGCAAUCUUGUAAAAUAUAUUAAUAAAAUAAUGAUUGUU